UGAGAUUGAGACGACGAUAGAAGAGGAAUCAGCAUAAAUUCGAAUGUAAAAUCAGAGUGGGCAGCCUAUGUCUGGUCUGGUCGCAGCCAAUGAGCAGGUGGUGUUUGGGUGCGAUGAAUAGAGAGUGAAGAGAGGGUUAUUCUCCCUCCUACACCAUGUGAUGACGGACAGAGUGACUAUAACACUGGAGCGAUGGUUUUUAGUCACUUUCAACAGCAACAAAACGGCAACAGCAUCACUGACGUAAAGCAACCACAAAAAGAACCGGAGCAGCACCGAGCUCAGAACAACGGGAAUUGGACUUGGUCAUCCAAUAUUGGGACCAAACACACAUAAUGGAAAUAGACAGCAUACUGGAUGGAGUGAGGAUGUCGACGGAAUAUGUCGCCUUGAGUCUUUCUAAUUUCUAGCAGUCGGGGACAGCAUCUUUCUGAUUCUGAAUUGCAAUGCAUUCGGUAAGGAGAGUUAUGACAGUAGUUGCUGCAUGGUGCCGCAUUGCCUGACCGCUUGAAGGUAGCAUAGUGUAAUGCUUUUAUGGUAAUUGUAAUGUUAGAGUAUUUUGGGUGGGGAUGGAUGAUAACGGUUGUCUCACAAUUGUGUGUUUAGGCUUCCAACAUAGCCAGGUUAGAGAUGCAAUCGGUGACUGAACAUAGGCUAUUCAUAGACCUAAUUAGGAAGUCAGCAACAGCCAGUAUUGCGACUGAUUUGAGAGCUAUAAAUGUCAACAUAUGAAAAGAAAGUUGGAAACAGAAGUCAAAUGUUAGAUAGGUACAGGUGGAAACAUAAUGUCGCUGUCCAAAAAGUGAAUGCAGCCUAUGUUGCACCUUCUAUCACAGGCCUACUCAGGAGGACCCAGGACGAUAUCUGAAGUCAGGCUUUGCUUUUAGGGAACUGAUUGAGAGGGUCCAAUAGGCAUAUACGUGACGCAUUCAUUGUUGGAGGUUUUGGCUCCAUCGACGGUAAUAUUUUACCUACCAUUCAAUAUUGGCAGUGGAAGCAAGGACGAUGGCUCACUUGCAAGCGGGCUUGUCUCCAGAAACCCUGGAGAAAGCCAAGGUGGAGUUAAAGGAGAACCCCGACACUCUACAUCAGGACAUUCAGGAGGUGAGGGACAUGAUCAUCACCCGCCCAGACAUUGGCUUUCUUAGGACAGAAGAUGCUUUCAUCCUGCGCUUUCUCCGAGCGCGGAAAUUUAAUCAUUUCGAGUCGUUUCGCCUCUUGGCCCAGUAUUUCGAAUAUCGUCAGCAAAAUCUGGAUAUGUUUAAAAACCUCAAAGCAACCGACCCGGGAAUCAAGCAAGCUCUCAAAGACGGAUUUCCGGGGGUGCUGACCAACUUGGACAGAUAUGGCAGGAAAAUACUGAUUCUCUUUGCUGCUAACUGGGACCAGAGCAGGUAUACAUUUGUGGAUAUACUGCGAUCUAUUCUGUUGUCGCUGGAGUCCAUGAUAGAAGAUCCAGAGCUACAGGUGAAUGGAUUUGUCCUGAUCAUUGACUGGAGCAACUUCACGUUCAAGCAAGCCUCCAAACUAACACCGAGUAUGCUGAGAUUGGCCAUAGAAGGUCUACAGGACAGCUUUCCUGCCAGGUUCGGAGGAAUCCAUUUUGUGAACCAGCCGUGGUACAUCCACGCCCUGUACACUGUUAUACGGCCCUUUCUGAAGGACAAGACAAGAAAAAGGAUCUUCAUGCAUGGGAACAACCUGAACAGCCUUCACCAGCUCAUGCACCCUGAGAUCCUGCCCUCUGAGCUGGGUGGGAUGAUGCCCCCCUACGACAUGGGCACCUGGGCCCGCACCCUCCUGGACCACGCCUAUGAUGAGGAGACUGAGUACGGCCCCGAGUCCUACUCCCUGUCUGUCAAAGACCUGGAGAAAGACCUGUCUCCCAAAACCAUGAAGAGAUCUCAGUCGGUGGUGGAGCCCGGAGUUCUUAAACGGCCGGAAAAAGUGAAGAGCGAGGAGGAGAACAUGCAGCCACUGCUCUCGCUGGACUAAUGUACAGUCUGACACAACACAAACAGCCUAGAAAACAUUGACCCUCAGACAGACAGACAGACAGACAGACAGACAGACAGACAGACAGACAGACAGACAGACAGAGACAGAGACAGAGACAGAGACAGAGACAGAGACAGAGACAGAGACAGACAGACAGACAGACAGACAGACAGACAGACAGACAGACAGACAGACAGACAGACAGACAGACUGUACAGACUGUACAGACUGUACAGACUGUACAGACUGUACAGACUGUACAGACUGUACAGACUAGACAGACAGACAGACAGAGACGGAAUGCCCUUGUUCCCCCAAAACAAAACAAAAUAACACCGACAUAAAAAGGAGGUGAGGAGCAGGGAAGAAAUUGGAGCACGAGAAGAGCUCUGUUCUGUUCUGGCAUCAUAAAGAUGGUCCGACCCACCAUUUUGAGGGACAUUUCUAAAAAACAAAAGGGAAUAAGAGUUACUAGCAGAGUUCCAUAUGUUAUUGUUAAGUGCCAAUUCAAAACUGUAAAUACACUUCUGAUCUAAACCCCAGGAGGAUGGGGACUCAUUGUGACAGGAACACAUCUAGAGACUGCUGUUAAUAUUCUGUAUGUGCUUGUGAAAUAUUUUGUGAAAAAAUGGUACCUUAGGAGGUUGAUGGAAAAUCAUGCUUAAAGAGGAUUGGGAGCUGGGGACUUUCGGUACAGUUUCUAAAAUGUCCAAACCGGCAAGUGCAGCUCAGGAUUAGUUCUAAUAAUGAUGAGGUUCUCUUUAAAUGUGAAGCAGAAAGUGUCUGACUGCUUGCACAGCAAGGCAUGUGGCUCUUUCAUCCGAGGAAUUCAAACAGACGUUCAGGUUUCUCUAUCUAAAAGCAAACUCCCCUUUACUGUUCAAGGCUCAAUGAAUUAUGUGUUUUUGUCAGAGACCACAUUUUUUGUUUGGUCUGGAUCUUGCUAUUGGAAUACUUUCAUCAAGAAUGGCUUCUUAUCUAUGGUUAAAUUUGGCUAAACAGUGUCUUCAAACCAUUACAUUUUUCAACAUUUAUGAAACAUGUCAAGGUUAGCUAUUUCAUAUUACAUUUGAGACAAGAUACACAGUAAGAAGUGCGUACAGUACCAUGAAAACAUUCUGCAACAGCAAGGUCACAUGACAAUUGUUUUAUGUUUUGAAAUUAUUUAGUAUUAGCUAUUGGUUCAGCUCAGAAGUGUUAAGAAUGUUUUCUCUGUGUCAUGUGAUUCCAGAAAUGAGUUCUUGUUUAAGAUGUAUUAACUACACUUGCUUUGAGGAUUAUCUUGAAACUAUUUGUUUCAAUAGGAGAGAAGCUGUCCACAACAGCACGGCUACACCUACUUGAAAACCAAUUUAGAUACAGUAUUUAAAAGAUAUAGACAUUAUUUUCUUAUAUCUUAUUUUAUGAUGGUGGAAGUUAAGAUAUAAUGUAUACUUAUAUACAGUAUGAUAACAAGCUUUUGUAAUGGCUGCAAGGGUACAGUCAGUGUAUGCCACUGUGUGAUCAUCCGUUGCGAGCUCCUUUGUUUCUCCCUGCAUGGUGGUGAAGCUUGAGGCAAUGUUCAGCUCUGGAGCCUCUGAGCCCUGACACAGUGCUGCCUUCCUGCUAUGACACUAACAUGGGGUGAGUUUGUAAAUUCACUCUGGAGUGGCUGCCUGCUGCCCAGAACUAGGCCAGGCAGACAGACAUUCUUAAUACCCAGUGAACACAGUACCGUAAACCGUACAGGAAAUGUCAGCUCCAGCUCGAUGACUGAGUGACUCGGGCUUUCAGCUGCUGCAGACCCAGGAACCUUUUUGGUUGCUUUGGUGAAGAAAGGGUGCCAUAAGAGCUUAUCAGUGUUACUCACUCUGUCUGUAGUAGGCGUUAGGUAGCGAUGUGUGAGAUGUUACAAUAACUUGAUAGCUGAACAAUGUAAUUUUGUAUCUAAAGCCUCAUUAUCAGAUGGUGCUGUCUGUGUGCAUCACCCUGGUAUAUUUUUGUGUGAUGUUCAUCAGUAUUUUUAAGGCAUUCAUGGUGCUUGUUUGUCCUGUGCACUAUUCAGAUCAUGCAACAAUAGCAGCAGCAUUUUUGAUAAUUGAAUAUGCUUGUUUAGCAUUUGGAAUGUUCUUCCAACUGUUUUCCUGUAUCCAGCCUUGCCAUUUCAACCAAAGCCACCCAUUGACAAAACAAAGAUUUCAGUGUAUUGUGCUUCACUUAAUAGGAAUCCAUGGCUUGAAGGUAAAGCAACGACUUAUUACGACAAAGUAUUAUUUUUCAUGAAAUUAAUGCAUAUUAUUGCUUUGAGUUAAGUCUUUGGUGUCAUGUUUUCAUGUCACUGAUUGUAUAUACAUGUAGGAACAGAUGGCAGAGAAACUCAAUUUAGAGGUCUAGUCAAAUCUCAGAUUAUUCAAAGCGGACGUGUUGGGCAGAGUGUUUAAUGUUUAAAUGUCCUUAAAACAACUUGCUGACUUAAAUUAUGUAACUGAAUCAAACAUGUCAUGAGCAAAAAACAACCAAUAAAUAUGGACACACUUA